AUGAGCUCUGUAGCAGAGAUCUUCCAUUGCCUUGCCUUACAAAUCAGUAUCGGUGCGGCUGGUGCCCCAGGAAUCUUCCAGCUGAGGUCAAUAAGCCUUUAUCAAAACGUCAGGAGUGAAAAAUGUGUCUUGGUGUAAGCCGACUGGUCGUUCCCUCCAUUCCCUGUCUAUUUCUUUUAGGAAAUUGUGUUAGUGGUAUUCUUUGGAACAGAGUACGUGGUUCGGUUAUGGUCAGCAGGAUGCCGCAGUAAAUAUGUUGGAAUAUGGGGAAGGCUUCGUUUUGCUAGGAAGCCUAUUUCCAUCAUUGAUUUAAUUGUAGUUGUUGCUUCCAUGAUAGUUCUUUGUGUGGGCUCUAAAGGUCAAGUCUUUGCAACCUCAGCUAUCAGGGGCAUCCGUUUUCUGCAGAUUUUACGAAUGCUGCAUGUAGACCGUCAGGGUGGUACGUGGAGGCUGCUGGGAUCAGUAGUGUUCAUACACAGACAAGAACUGAUAACUACACUUUACAUUGGAUUUCUGGGCCUCAUUUUUUCUUCUUAUUUUGUGUACCUGGCUGAAAAAGACGCUGUAAAUGAUUCUGGAGAAACAGAGUUUGGCAGCUAUGCAGAUGCCCUGUGGUGGGGAGUAGUCACUGUUACAACUAUCGGCUAUGGAGAUAAAGUGCCUCAGACCUGGAUAGGAAAGACCAUUGCAUCUUGUUUUUCAGUAUUUGCAAUUUCAUUUUUUGCACUACCUGCGGGAAUUCUUGGUUCAGGCUUUGCCCUAAAGGUACAACAGAAACAAAGACAGAAGCAUUUCAACCGUCAAAUUCCAGCUGCUGCCUCUCUCAUACAGACUGCAUGGAGAUGCUAUGCAGCAGAAAACCCAGACUCUUCUACGUGGAAAAUAUACAUUCGAAAACCUGCAAGAAAUUAUCAUUUGCUGUCGCCCAGUCCAAAACCGAAGAAAUCAGUGAUGGUGAAAAAGAAGAAAUUUAAGUUAGACAAGGACAAUGGGCCUUCUUCUCCAGACAGGAUGUUAACUGUUCCACACAUCACUUAUGACCACGUGACAGAGGACAGGAAACCUGAUUUCAGUUUUGAAGCAUACGAAAAUUCUGUGAAAAAAAGCCCGACGUUUUUAGAUGUGAACACAGGACCCUUCAUCAGGACCAACAGCUUUGCCGAUGAGCUUGACCUGGAGGGUGAGACACUGUUGACCCCAAUAACUCACAUCUCACAGUAA